AUGCCUCUAAUAAUCCUAACCGGCUACCCCACAUCCGGCAAAACCCACCGCGCCCAACAGCUCUACACAUACUUCACUGAAAAAAUCUCGUCGCUGCCGGCCUCGUCUCCAGUUUCCGGGCUCCGCGUACAUCUGAUCUCCGACCACACCCUCGGGAUCCCGCGGUCCGUCUACAACCUCGAGACGAAGGAUGUGCACGAGCGCUCGAACAACGCCUCGGAGAAGGAUGCCCGCGCGACAAUCUACGCGGCCGUGAAGCGGGUGCUGACCAGCAAGGACAUGGUGAUUCUGGAUGGGGGGAAUUAUAUCAAGGGAUGGAGGUACCAGUUGUAUUGCGAGGCGAAGGCGGUUCGGACUACGCAUGCGGUGGUGCAUGUCGGGACGCCGGUGAGCCAGGCGCGGGAGCUCAACCAGAAACGCUUAGGGGAACGGGAUGCUGCUGCGGGGGAGGAGGCGAGGGAGGAGGAAAGACCGUAUGAGAGCGCGUGUUGGGAGAAUCUGGUGUUCCGGUAUGAAGAGCCGAAUGCGAUGGCGCGCUGGGAUAGUCCGCUCUUCACGGUGCUAUGGGACGACGCUGCGCCGCCGGGCGACGCGAUUUGGGAUGCGCUGAUCGGGUCAGAGGCUGAGGGGGGCAAGAAGCUGGUGCGUCCGAAUCAGGCGACGGUCUUGCCGCAGGUUAGUAGCGAGGAUUUCCUGUAUGAGCUGGAUCGAAGUACGCAGAUGAUCCUGAAUCGGAUUCUAGACUGGACGAAGGAUCAUCCGGGGGAAGGGGGUGGGGAGGUUAGUGUUGGGGAGGAGGAUAAGGAGGAAUUGGUGGUUGAGCUGCCUCCGAAUCCGGUGGGGUUGCCUGCGCUGCAGAGGUUGAGGAGGCAGUUUAUUGGGCUGAAUAGGAAGAAUCCGGUGCCGGUAAAGAGAAUCAGGGAGAGUUUCGUGGGGUAUCUGAAUGAUUCCUUUCAGGCUGCAUAA